GAUGUUUAAGAAGGCAUGCACUAGAUUGGGUGAGUUUGCUGUCUGUACAUCGGCGCCCUCCGAUCUGGGGUGCGCGCCCCAGCUUGGGACACCGGGCGCUCAUUCUAGGACUUCAGGCUGGAGGCACAUUAAGGCUGCCCCCUCGCUUUGCAGACUGGCCCCAGAGAUGCUAAGUGACUUGCUAAUGGUGCCCCAGCCAGUUAACUGCUCGGACCUGCAUUUUUCAUUCGAGAAAACGGAAACCCAGAAGAUUAAGAUCUUUGAAUGCUACCUAGCAGAAGGAGAACUUCUGUUUAUAACUACAGCUUGGGAAUUCCCUGCAGGGUUUCUCGAUUCUCUGGGAAAAAGUGUUUGGAAAGUUCUGUGCCAAGAAGUUCCUCCCUAUGUCCUUGCUGUUUAGGCUUUUGAUAAUCCUUAUUGUGGAGGCCAUGCCUAAACUAAGAAAAUGCAAUACUCUCCAUGGACCUAAUGAAAUGAGAUAAUGCACAAGAGAGAGCCUCCCACAAUGCCUGGUACAUAGUUUACCUUCCAGAGGCUGGCAAUGCUGUUUCACUGGAGGACACAGCUAAGAAGGAAGUCCACCAGCCUGCCAAGAUGAAAUGCCUUGAAGGGCCAGGUAAGACCUGUGGCCCCUUGGCUUCUGAGGAGGAGCCGGUGUCUGCCUGCCAAUUGGAAAAAGAAGAAGAGAAUGAAGGGGAGGAGGAGGAAGAGCAAGAGGAGGAGGACGAGGAGGAUCUGGACCCAGAUCUGGACCCAGACCUAGAGGAGGAAGAGAAUGAUCUUGGGGAUCCAGCUGUACUUGGUGCUGUCCACAACACCCAGAGAGCUCUGCUUAGCUCCCCUGGAGUCAAGGCCCCUGGUGUGCUGGGAAUGUCACUUGCCUCCUUGCAUUUUCUGUGGCAGACCUUGGACUACCUGUCGCCCAUCCCUUUCUGGCCUACAUUUCCCAGCACCAGCUCUCCAGCACAGCACUUUGGACCUCGGCUGCCCUCACCAGACCCAACUCUCUUCUGCAGCCUGCUGACCUCGUGGCCCCCUAGGUUCAGUCAUCUGACCCAGCUCCACCCUCGGCACCAACGAAUCUUGCAGCAGCAGCAGCAUAGUCAAACACCAAGAGAGCCCCACUUCCUGCUCACCGCACUCCUUAGGAAGUGCCAGUGGUGGGUAAGUCUAAAGGGUUGUUCCUCCUGGCUUAAAGUCCCCCAGCCAAGAAGCCUUGGUCUCAGCAGCCAGACCCCUAUGCUAACCUCAUGACCAGAAAAGAGAAGGACUGGGUGAUAAAAGUGCAGAUGGUGCAGCUGCAGAGUGCAAAACCCCGCCUGGAUGACUACUAUUACCAGGAAUAUUACCAGAAGCUAGAGAAGAAGCAGGCAGACGAAGAGCUACUUGGACGAAGAAACCGGGUUGAGUCCCUCAAGCUGGUAACGCCUUACAUUCCGAAGGCAGAGGCUUAUGAGUCUGUGGUCCGAAUCGAGGGUUCCCUGGGCCAGGUAGCUGUGUCGACAUGCUUCAGCCCUCGCCGAGCUAUUGAUGCAGUACCCCAUGGAACUCAAGAGCAGGAUAUAGAAGCCGCAAGCAGUCAGAGGCUUCGGGUAUUAUACCGGAUUGAGAAGAUGUUCCUUCAGUUACUAGAAAUAGAGGAAGGCUGGAAGUAUAGGCCUCCACAGCCCUGCUUUUCUGAGCAGCAAAGCAACCAGGUUGAGAAGCUCUUCCAGACCUUAAAGACCCAGGAGCAGAACAACCUGGAAGAGGCAGCAGAUGGCUUCCUGCAGGUGCUCUCUGUGAGGAAGGGGAAGGCCCUGGUGGCCCGGCUGCUCCCCUUCCUGCCCCAGGAUCAGGCUGUUACCAUUCUUUUGGCUAUCACCCACCAUCUGCCCCUCCUGGUCCGGAGGGAUGUGGCUGAUCAGGCCCUACAAAUGUUAUUCAAACCUCUGGGCAAAUGUAUUAGUCACUUGACCCUCCACGAACUCCUCCAAGGACUUCAGGGAUUAACGCUGUUGCCACCUGGCUCCUCAGAGCGGCCAGUCACCGUGGUGCUUCAGAAUCAGUUUGGAAUAUCUUUGCUCUAUGCCCUGCUGAGCCAUGGGGAGCAACUGGUAUCGCUGCAUUCUUCCCUAGAGGAACCCAACAGUGACCAUACAGCUUGGACAGACAUGGUGGUUCUGAUUGCCUGGGAGAUAGCCCAAAUGCCUACAGCCUCUCUGGCAGAACCCCUAGCUUUCCCCAGCAACCUACUUCCCCUGUUCUGUCACCACGUGGACAAGCAAUUGGUUCAGCAGCUGGAGGCCAGGAUGGAGUUUGCCUGGAUUUACUGAUCUGUUUGUUCUGGAAUACGUGUAUGUGGGAAGUUGAAUCAUCAGACACUAGCUACAUAGAGUAUGUUUACAGGGAUCCAGAGAGUCUGAAGACAUUUCUUAUGCCUUUAUAUAUUGGAGAACCCUUCCCCAUUUUCAUAUCCUUUCUUCAAAAAUCUAAAUGAUGUGCCUAAAAAUAAGACACGGCAUAAUAAGGUAUAAUUAAAGAGAUAAUAGAAUGA